AGCUUAAUAUUAUAUUUUGUUAGAUCAUACAUUCGGAUAGCGGUCACGUGGAUUAAUGAGGAUUUAUUAAGAAGUACUCUUCUUUUAGUAUUGAGACGACUAGACGGUUCUCACACAUAUGAUAAUUUAGCCAAAGCUAUGGAUGUAGUAUAUACUGAGUUCGAAAUUUCAGAUAAACUAUCUUACUGUACUAUUUGUUUAAUUUUGAAUUAAUGACAAGUGAUCAAACAGUUUCUAAUUAUAUGAAAUCUCUGGUGACUGCCAUACUUAAUGGUAUAAAAACAAGGUUUGUCAAUUAUUUGAUAGACAAAUUCUUAAUUACUGCUGCAGUCUGCCACCCACUAUUUAAAACAGCAUGGAUUAAAAAUUAUAUAAAAAAACAUUUGGCCUCAGAAUAUUUAAAAAGUGCCUGUUAUGACUUACAUACCAGUGAUAAUGACAAUAGUGAUGUAGAAGAUAACCAAAUGAAUGAUAAUUUAUCUAGCUUUUUUACCGGGUCACAAAAUUCCCGAGAGGAAAAAUCAACAGUUAGUGAUGAGAUAGAUAGAUUUUUGGGCACAUCUCUAACAAAGACUUAAGAAUGUUUGCAUAAUUUACCCACAUCAAAAAAGUAUUUGUGAAGAAAACCACCUAGCAGUGCAUUAGUAGAGAGAAUGUUUAGUAUUGGUGGUGCAACAAUAACAAAAAAAAAAAGAACAAAUAUGACGGAUCAGCAUUUUGAAGAAAUAAUGUUCUCAAAAUGCAACACUCAAAUGUUCGAUUAAUAUAAUAUAUUAAGAAUGAUUCAGAAUUAAAUUGAUUUUUUUGUUUUGUAUUUGA